AUGACCGUGACAAACUCUCUUGGAGAUUCGCUCGAACUUGGGGAUAACUGCGCGUUAAAAUACUCCCAUGCCAAAACAGUCACCUCUUCCAAAGCGGCCAGAGCGCUGCGUAUAAGACAAGGCGACUGCCCACCAACUCGGACAACUUCGACAGUCUACGCAACUGAAGGCGCUGGCGGCUUCAUGACAGUCACUGCGACAGUCACAGGAAGCAACUCCGCCCCUCCUGGCUUCUCGUGCACCCCCAUGACCGUGACGAAUGCGGCGGGUGAUGAGCUAGUCAUGGACGAUAAGUGUGCCACACAACUGGCCACAGCGGCGCCAAAAGGAGCAUCCCAACCGGGCACUGCUGGGAGAGGCGAUAUCUUCGUGGCGACGCGUUAUGCUGUUUUGGGAAGCAUUGUUGCUCUUCUGAUAGGCCUGUAUAUAGAUAAUUAG